AAUACAGCCAAGUCAUACCUUCAUACCUGACUACUCAGCAGAGUACAUACGUAUGCACUUAGAGCAUUUGUAAACAACUCAUGCAUGAUAAGUGAUUGAGUGCCUCGUGCCAAAAUCUUUGCACUUCACAAACGCCGUCGAAAUGUGGGCACAUGAGUUCAAUCGGCUCCUGCCAUUCCUCACUUGUCAGUUUUUAUAUUGGGGACCGCUCUACUUUUCCAACACCAAACCAUCUUUGUCAGCUCUCCUAGUGAAAUGUCUUCCCAUAUUGAGCCUCAUAUUGUACAUACUUCUCCGCUCAUGGCCCAAGAAAGAGUCAAAAUUCAUCCGGAGAAUCCUGAUUGGCCUGGCCUUUUCCAUGGUGGGAGAUGCUUGCUUAGUGUACAGGGACAUCUUUGUCCUAGGCAUGAUGGCCUUUGGGAUUGCCCAUUUUAGUUAUAUUGCGGCUUUUGGUUGGGAGGACACGAAGUACUCGAUCGCUCUUGUGGUGUUUGUGAUCGGUUACGCGCCCCUUUUUGGCCUUAUCUUGCCGAGUAUCUCUGACCCCGUUUUGAAAUGUGGGAUCCCCAUCUAUGCCCUAUUACUCCUCACCAUGUGUUGGAGGGCUCUGGCACGAGCUCAAACGUGGAUUGGCAUCCUCACGGGACUUGGAGCUGUCUUGUUUGUGAUAAGUGAUUUUGUCAUUGUUUGGAAUGAUUUCUAUCAGCCGGUGGAGAAUCAACAGCUCAUCAUUAUGUCCACAUAUUACGGGGCCCAAUUGCUCAUCACUUUGAGUGCCAGUGAGAUCUUUGUCAAGUGUGAUGAUAUUCAUCAGCAUAGUCAGUGAAACAUGUUAGUUAGUUAAUAUGACUUACGGGUCAUUUAUUCGACACAAUUUCCCAUCUGAACUACAAUCGCAGUCGACAAUCAAACAACCCACGGUCUGAAGGACUUCGUCUAUCUUGGAGAGGAAGCAUUCACUUAAGAGCGAGCAUUCAUAAUAGUUCAUAAUAAAAUCUGGUAUACUGAUA